AACCAGUCAGUUUAUUAAACAAAUUCGUUAAUGUGAGUUUCUGUAUCAUUCAGUUCAGUUCAGCUUCUCAACUGGUAUUUAACAGAAUUGAAGACAAUUAAAAACAUGUGUUGCAGAAGAUAAAGGUUUCCCGAUUUCGUUACGCAACACGUGUUAGAAACGGAUUUUCGAAUUGUUGAGUUUUCCGUGGGGUUUUUGUCUUCAUUUUCGUUUUGAGUGGCCAAUCGAUCAUGACUGUGGGAGACGCUGAAACCGGAGAAUUCAAUGGGAAGGAGUUUCCCCAAGAAAAUGGUGAUAAAACAGAAUCCGAAGAGCCGGCAGACUUUGAGAAGGCGAUAGUGGCAGCCAAAUGGGGAAAGUUUCAUUUGCUGGUCUACGCAAUAUCAAUUACAUCAGGAUGGUCGUCGAUUUUUGAGACCACAACAAUGUCGUACGUGUUUCCAGCAGCCGAAUGCGACUUGGACUUAAAGCUGGAGCACAAAGGCUUACUGAAUGCUAUUACCUACACAGGCAUGAUCUCGACUGGAUUCGUAUGGGGCUAUUUAUGCGACACAUUGGGCAGGAAAAAGCUGCUGGUGACUGGCUACUUGUUGGAUGCGAUUUUCGUUUUUCUUGCCUCCUCGUCGCAAAGCUUUGCCAUGCUUAUGGUGGCAAAGUUUUUCGGGGGGUUCAUAAUUAAUGGUCCAUUUUCCGCAAUCACCACAUAUUUAUCAGAAUUGCAUUGUACGAAACAGAGAGGCAAAGCCCAAUUCCUCCUUGGUAUAAUAUACAGUGCAGGAACUCUGGUCUUGCCUGUGCUGGCCAUCUACAUUCUACCACUGAACAUCCGAAUCAAUUUGGGAGACAUUUUCGUAAUACAUUCCUGGAAUAUCUACCUGUUCAUUUGCGCUUUUGUGCCGCUCACAAGCGCCAUCGCAUUUCUAUUUCUGCCGGAAAGCCCGAAAUUCCUGAUGACUACCGGCAAAAACGAAAAGGCCUUAAAAGUGUUCAAGAAAAUCUACAGCAUGAAUACGGGCCAACCUGAGGAAACCUUUCCGAUAAAGUCGCUUCAAAAUGAAAUUGAACUCAACUCCGGCAACAAAUACGGCAAAGUAACAGCAAAUCGUAGCAAGUCGAAAGCGUUUUUAGAGGGCUGGCAGCAACUGAAGCCUCUAUUCCAUCGACCAUACAGAUCGAAGAUCAUUCUUGUGUGCAUUAUUCAGUGCCUUACAAUGAACAGUUUAAACACUUUGAGACUUUGGCUGCCUCAAAUCUUUCAGGCUAUGAACGACUACGAAUUGGCUCACAAUAGUUCUGCAGCUCUGUGCGAUGCCGUCGCAGCCUUCAAACCCAACGAGACUUUGGAACUUGAACCGACUGAAUGUGUUGUGAACACCAACAAUAAUUCAGUGUACAUCAACUCGAUUAUCGUGUGCGUGGCCACAAUUCUUGCCUACGUUAUUGCUACCGGACUUAUUAACAAAGUUGGAAAGAAGCGAUUGUUUGUUCUCAUGAGCGUUACUUCUGGAGUAUCGGCCAUGGCCCUGUAUUUCUCAAGAUCCACAGUGGUUACACUGAUUCUGGCAUCCAUAUUUAUAGGAGCAGGAAGCGUUACGAUCAAUAAUAUGCUUGCGGUGAUCGUGGAAAUGUUCCCUACAACCUUAAGGACUAUGACCGUGGCCCUGGCAAUGAUGAGUGGUAGAGCUGGAGCUGUUCUGGGCAACACUUUGUAUCCACUUUUGUUGAAAGCAGGUUGUGGCCCCGUAUUUUUCUACAACGGACUGUUGAGUCUUAGUUGCGGGCUUCUAGUGUUGCUGCUUCCAGUGGACGAGUCAGCUUCCUUAACUUAAAAUGCAUUUUGGUUUUAUAAUAAAGUAUUUUGUUUUAUA